AUGCGCGAUGCUUUGCGCUUGACUCCAAAGGUCGAAGGCUGGUUGAAGCACCACGACCCAAAGCGCAAUUCAUUCGUCUCCCUGUCCCGCAAUCUCGCUUCCCUCCUGGGAUCCUGCAGUCGGACUUCCCAAAUCGGCCAAGUUCAUGGCUUUAUGGUAACGACUGGUCUGCAACACGACCCUUUCUCCGUCAGCAAGCUUCUCGCUUCUUCAGUACGGGACACACGAUACGCGGCCUCCAUAUUCGAAAAUAUCCGAGACCCAAAUCUGUUCAUGUUCAACACUAUGCUCAUUAGCGGAACACCCUGGAAGGCCUUUGGUGUUUUCAGUGACUUGAGGGCUCGGAGCUUCUUGCUCGAUCAGUUCUCUUUCAUCAUGACCCUUAAGUCUUGCUCCCGCGAAUCGUCUGUGGAAAUCGGACAGGCUAUACAUGGAGUUGCAUUGAGAUCUGGGCAUUUAUUGUUUGUGGAAGUUAAGAAUGCACUUCUGCACUUGUAUGGCGUUUGUGGGAAAAUUGAACACGCCCACAAGUUGUUCGAUGAAAUUCCAGAGGAGAAUGAUCUUGUCACGUGUAACACAAUGAUGGCUGCUUAUAUGCAAGCUUCUCAGCCAGCAAUGGCCAUGAAAUUGUUCAGGGAAGGGGUUAGGGGUGGCCAGGGAGUCAGCGAGACCACAUUGCUGUCGGUUCUGUCGGCUCUCGGUGAAUUAGAGGAUUCACGUGGAGGCGAAUCCAUUCAUGGCCACUGGAUGAAGGUCGGCUUCCAUUCUAAUAAGAAUAUUGUGACUGCUCUGAUUGAGAUGUACGCAAAAACAGGUAGUAUAGAAUCAGGACGUAGACUUUUUGAUGAGACCAUGUCUAGAGACGUCGUCCUGUGGAAUUCCAUGAUAGAUAAAUAUGCAAAAGCUGGGCUGCUAUAUGAAGGGAUUACACUGCUAAAGCUCAUGAAAAGUGAACGAGUGAAUCCAAAUUCAUCCACUUUGGCAGGUCUGCUCUCAGCUUGUGCUGCCACUGGAUCUAUCAAACUUGGCCGAUACCUUAGCAGCUUCGUAGAAGAAGAGGCAAUGAAACUGGAUGCAGUUCUCGGUACAGCUCUGAUCGAUAUGUUUGCCAAAUCUGGGUUUCUAGACAAAGCGGUCGACAUCUUCCAGCGAAUGCAGAGCAAAGAUGUCAAGUCUUGGACUGCCAUGAUCUUAGGUUAUGGAAUUCAUGGGCGGUCGAGUAAUGCUGUUGCUCUCAUGUACAGAAUGGAGGAUGAAGGAUACAGGCCAAAUGAGGUUACUUUUUUGGCUGUCCUAAGUGCCUGUAGUCACGGCGGGAUGGGGAAAGAAGCAAUGGAAUGCUUUCGGAGGAUGGUUGAACGAUACGGUCUUUUACCCAGAGUUGAGCACUAUGGUUGCAUUAUUGAUCUCUUGGGUCGUUUGGGACUGUUGAAGGAAGCACAAGGCUUGAUCGAAAGACUGCCACCAAUCAAGAGAGAUGCCACUGCUUGGCGUGCAUUACUUGCAGCCUGCAGAGUGUAUGGAGAUGUUAAAUUAGGGGAACGUGUGAACAGAGUAUUGGUUGAAAUGGAUGAUCAACAUCCGACUGAUUCAAUACUUUUAUCAGGCACUUAUGCCAUAGCUGGAAGGUUGAAAGAUCUAGGGAGCUUGCAGGUAACAACAGAAGAGCAGUUAGAUGCCAAAUUUAAGUGGAAGUCAAUAGGCAAGGAAGAAAGUAGGGUUAAAGAAGCUGGAUGUAGCAUGAUUGAGGUGGACCAUGGAUGGGAGGAAAACAUAGAUGGGCUUGAACUUCAUGCAACCAUGUUCCCUUGGCAGAAAAAGCAGUGA